AUGUCCGAAAUCCACGGCCCCUGCAACCCCGCAUUCAACCGCAUCCGCGACCUCCUCCAAGAAAGAAAAACCUCCGGAAAAGAAAUCGUCACCGCGCUGGCAGCCCUAAUCCUCGUCGACCGCGGGCUCCUCGACGUCGAAGAACGAGUCUCAACGUACUGGCCUGAAUUCGGCGUCAACGGCAAAGAAGACACACGAGUCUGGCAUCUGCUCAGUCACUCCUCCGGCGUGCCGCAAUGGGAGAAACCAGUUACGCUGGAUUUCGUGUAUGACACGAAAGCCGCGACGGAGAUGCUUGCUGGACAGGCGCCGUGGUAUAAGGCCGGCGAGGUAUCUGCGUACCAGCUUGUUGCGCAUGGGCAUCUGAUUGGCGAGCUUGUACGACGGGUUAGUGGGAAGUCGUUGACGGAGUUUAUUGCGGAUGAAAUUGCUGCGCCGUUGGGUGCGGAUUUCACUCUAGGACUUCCUGAGGAGGACUGGCCUCGCGCGGCGGAUGUUAUUGAUCCCCCUCCGAUUCGUCUGCCUGGGGAUUUGGAUCCGGAGAGUGUGGCUGUACGGACAUAUUCGAAUCUCGGGACGAAGCCUCAGGAUUCUCAGACUCCUGGGUUCCGGCGGACUGAGGUUGGCGGGUUGAAUGGGUUUAGCAAUGCGCGGGGGUUGGCCCGGAUUGGCUCUAUCAUGUCCCUAAAUGGGACUGUUGAUGGGAAGCGGUAUCUUGGGGCUAAGACUGUUGAGCAGGUUCUUCAGGAGCGGGUCAGUGGUUUUGAUUUGGUUUUGCUCAUGAAUUUGCGAUUUGGGCUGGGGCUUGGGUUGCCCGUUCCGGAUAGUAUUCCUUUCGUUCCUGAGGGGAGGAUUUGCUUCUGGGGUGGUUGGGGUGGGUCGUUUGUGGUGAUGGAUCUUGAUCGUCGGAUGACGAUUGCUUGUACUAUGAACAAGAUGGGAGCGGGGAUUUUGGGGAGUGAUAAUGCCAAGGCUUACAUUGAUGCGAUUUAUGAGAUUGUGUCGGAUAAAGGGGUUUCUGCUUCGCUCUGA